AUGGCUCGCGGGGAGCCUCUGACAGACCAGGUGGCCAAAGCACUCACGUCACCUCUCUUAGGCUAUCAUCAUGCCUCUGAUUAUUCAACGCAGUGUUUGAAUGUCUCAACCUUCUCUUAGUGUCAAAGGGAGCGCUUUAAUCAAGUUCCAUCAUUUAAGAUGUACAAAGUAAAUAUGAUGUGUAUGAGUGAGUUCACUGAGGCUUACCUCUCUUUUGUAGCCAAGUUGGCGGAUACUCAGAACCAAUGCCCCUGUAGAGAGAGAGGGACAGAGACAGUCAGUGACGGGGAAAUGGGAGACCACUAGAGAUGGAGCUGGCUUGUUAUGUUGGCUGGAAAUCACAACACAGGACUCUGAUUCUGUUUCAAUAUUUUGAUCUGAAUCCGAUCCUGUGACUGAUCUGUGUCUGAUUAUUCUAAUUCAUCAGGACAGACUGCCUUGGCUGCUGAAAUUGCAUGAUGUCAUUCAAAGGUAAUUAUAGGCUACGUACACAUCAUUAUACAUGUAUAACCACCUAUUAUACAUGCAAAUACACACAGAGGAACAGUUAGUCACAAUCUAUUUUUUUAUGGAACAGACUCAAAUAUAUCGCAAAGGCUGAUAUGAUGGAGCUGGAUGGAAAGAAUAUAGAGCACAGAGGGAGAGAGGGAGAGAGAGAGAGAGAGAGGGGGAGGGAGGGAGAGAGAGAGAGAGAGAGGGUAGGCGGAUGGAGAGGACUAGCAGAGACGCCUGCUUGUCUAGGGAGCUGAUAAGCGCUUCGAUCCGUCCGAGCUAUAUGCUGAUCGCUACUCUCUCAUCUAGAUAGCGAUAGAUCGCUCUUCUCUCUCCGUCUCGCUCUAUCCGACUAGCUAGCUUGAGUAGAGAGCAGAAACCGGAAAAGAGGAGAGAGGAGAAAAAGUGACAGCUCUCACUUAAAAUCUGUGUGACGACUUCAAAGAGAUCUGCUCCCCUUCUGGACUCGGAUUCUCCUAGUAAUCUGCCUUCUCCCUUUCCCAGUUAGUCACACACUCCUUCCUGAUCCCGCUAGUUGUUUUCAACAUGAAUGUUGUCCAUUUUAACCCAUCUGAUGAAAACUCUUCCCAGUCACAUGGAAUCACUGUGUUUUAAACAUGUUUUAAGUGUUCUUAAAUGUUUGUAUAACAUUGUUGUCAGAUGUACAGUGUGUAUCAUGUUACAGCGUUUUGCACAGCAAAUUCCACCCUUACAAAAGAAUAUUGCAGUUUUGAAACUGCUGUAAAAGUGCAGUAACUGCAGUCGACAUUGGUAUUUUGGACGCAGUUAUUGCAGAAUAACUGCAGUGUAAAAAAAAACAUUAUUUUUGACCCAGUAUUUGCAACAUACUUCAGUUCUACUGCACACUGACUGCAUAUUUAUUUUAGUAAAAGGCACUUUAAUGUCUGUCGUCAUCUCAUAAUGUUGGAAGUUGUCUGCUGUGGCGCUGUCUUCAACAGGGAGAGGUCCUCAGGGGGCGAUGCCAUCGUGGUGUGUUCAGCUCUGAGGCGACUCUACAGGCAGGUUCUGCUGUUUGGCUCCGAGGCCCUGACCUCCAGCUCGGACCCAGCAGGCCUGCACAUGUGCUGCCUGCCCGGCGUCUGGUUCCUCUUCCUGUAUGGGACAUAUGAUCUGAUCCAUGCGAGGAUGGUGGCCCGGAGGGGACAUUUUAUGCAGCCUGGUCUCCUGCGCUCUCAGUUUGAUGUUCUGGAGCCACCGACGGAGGAGGAGAACGCGUUGCUGCUUGACAUUCGGAGGAGCACUGAUGACAUCUGCAGGGAGAUCCAGGAGCAUCUCCGCCAACUUUCAUAAUCAGAGAUUAUGUCUGGACUAUGAAAUCAAUGAUAACACACUGGACUGCACUGUGUGUGCUACAAAACAAUUACAUAUCAGACUUUUUUAUUAUUUAAUUUUGCAAAGCACAAUAAAUCUGUUUCUAAUUAUAUGACA